AACCAUCAUGUUGUUUGUUCCGUUUAUAGCAUUCGCAGUCUUCCUAAAAUGGGUUGUGUCGAGGGUUUUUUCUCUCGAUCAGUACAGCUUCUCGCGAGAAUACACAACAGCCCGGAAACACAUCACAGUAGAGAUAUUCUAUAAACGAAGAUGAAAUAGUCGCGUUUUACUGUCGUAUUACGACAAAAAAAAAAAGAAAGAAAAAAAAGAACACCAUUCAAAAUAGAUGAUUUUUUGUGCUGCAAUUUGAAGUAGUGUAGAAAUUAACCGAAUCCUACCGAGGUGUGUUACGCUUUCCAGUAGCAGACAUUACAACGUCAUCAGUUAGCCGUCAGUGGUUCAUCUCCACGCUUUGAAAACAUCUCUGGAAGAGCGAGCAUUUGGCGGCAAGACAAGUCGUAGCAAUAACAAACGUUGCACCGAAUUCAAGACAUUUGCUUUUAGAGUCCCAUUUAAUAAGACGACCAAGGGCCAGCAUGUUCUCCGAUCUGAGCGCGCCGAGAGACGGCUCCUCUCUUCUGCGCCGCCCGGCCGAGGACGCUGCGCCCGUGUUUGAGAGGGCUUCCCCGGCCUACACUCCCUGCUCCGAGCGCUUCGGAGUCGGCGAGCGGAGUUUCAAUCGUCAGUAUGCUCAUAUUUAUGCAGCGCGACUCAUGCAGAUGAGACCUCUACUCACGGAGAAAGCCCAACAGAAGUGGGGGUCCGAUGUGCUUGUCCGGACACUGUGUGAUCUUCAGACAGGGGAGCAGUGUUGCGUUGUGGGAACUCUGUUCAAGCGUAUGGACUUGCAGCCAUCCAUUCUAAAAGAGAUCAGUCAGGAGCACAACCUGCUGCCCCAGCCUCCACGCGUUAAGUACAUCAGCGACAACGAUGAGCUGAUUCUGGAGGAUGAGCUGCAGAGGAUCAAACUGGAAGGCAAAAUUGACAGGGAUAGGUGUGUCACAGGUAGUGUUAUUGCUGUAUAUGGAGCUGAGAGGAAUGACGGGAAGUUCACAGUGGAGGACCUCUGCACAGCUGAUCUCCCCGCACAGACCGUAAGACCUGCACUCAACGCUGACAGAUUUGUUCUGCUCGUCUCAGGGCUGGGUCUCGGUAGCAGUCACGCAGACAGCAUGCUGGGCCUACAGCUGCUGGUCGACAUGGUAACGGGUCAACUCGGCGACCAGGGGGAGCAGAGCGGAGCGGCGACGAUUUCGAGGGUCUUGAUGGUGGGAAACCUCCUAAGCCAAAGCACGCAGGACAAGGACGUCUCGACCAAGGCCAAGUACCUGACCAAAAAGACUCAGGCUGGCAGCGUGGAGGCCAUUCGCUUGUUGGACGAGCUGCUGCUCCAGCUGGUGGCCUCGGUCCCAGUGGAUGUGAUGCCUGGCCAGUAUGACCCCACCAACUACACGCUGCCUCAGCAGCCUCUGCACCGCUGUAUGUUCCCUUUGUCCUCGGUCUACCCCACACUGCAACUGGCAUCUAACCCAUAUCAGGCCACUGUGGACGGAGUGAGGUUCCUGGGCACCUCAGGUCAGAAUGUCAGUGAUAUCGAGCGGUACAGCAGCAUGAACGGUCAUCUGGAGAUUCUGGAAGAAACGCUGCGAUUGCGCCACCUCGCUCCUACAGCACCGGAUACCCUUGGUUGUUAUCCAUUUUACAUGAAAGAUCCGUUCAUCUUGGAAGAGUGCCCGCAUGUUUACUUCAGCGGGACCGCCCCGGCGUUUGAGUCAAAGCGCCUUACAGGUGCUGAUGGCCAGGAAAUCCUUUUGGUCACCGUGCCAAAGUUCCACAGCACCCAAACGGCAUGUCUUGUCAACUUGCGCACUCUCGACUGCGAGCCAAUCAGCUUCUCGGCCUUUUCUGCGGGUGACGACGACGAGAGCGAGAUGAACAUCAGCCACUGAGGGGAGCGUAGUCCCGUCACAGUACUCAAGUAUUGUGAGGUUUGCCUGACUUAUAUCUGCAUUCUUUUCAAGUUGGUCUGUGAAAGCCUUUAUUGAUUUGAAACAACUUCCACAUGAGAUCUGCCGGCCAUCUUAAAUCUUCAGUGACAUACUGUAAAAUGUAUAUUUCAUGGAGAACGACAGUGUCAAUAAUUACAUCUUGAAUUAAAAAAAAAAAAAAAAAAAGUUGGUUUUAAUGUGCAUCUGCAAUAAAAAACAAUUCACGUAUAAAAAGACUGAAUAU